AUGAUGACCAUAUUUUCCAAAAAUGUCCUGGUCUACAUAAAUUUUUCACAUAUAAAUUUACACGAACCAUAUAAGAUUAAAUCCUACCCUGUCCCAUUCUCUAGGUGUCCUGCUGUACAACAUGAGAUUGAUAAAAUGUUGGAUUGGCAGAUUAUUGAAAGGUCAGAUUCCCAUUAUAAUAAUCCCCUGGUCACGGUGAUCAAAGCCGACGGUUCAAUUCGAUUGUGUCUCGAUGCCCGCAAACUUAACACCGUUAUUCUACCCACCAGAGAUGCGUCUCCCCCCAUAGACGAUAUACUAGCAAAAUUUAACAACAAAAAUAUUUUCUCCUUUCUCGAUUUUUCCUCCGGAUAUUGGCAGAGCCCUCUUGACCCCUCUGUACGACAAUACACUAAUAUUCUAUAUGACCGGAGGUCUUACCAGUUUUGUAUAGUUUUUUUCGGCCUCAACGUGUCCAAUGCCGCCAUUGGCAAAGGACUCGAAGUCACGUUCGUGAACUUAGCGGCAAUCAUGUAA